UUGUUGGCGAACUGCUGUCGGCAUCACGCAUUUCCAUUCCAAAAUCAAUCCAAUGAUUUCAUUCAUUUCCUUCAAAUAUACUACAGUAAAGCAGAGCGAUACUCGCUAUAUUGUGCACCUACUACCUGCAUUCGAAUGAUGCAUAAAAGUUGACAAUUUCAAAAAAGUCCACUUCAAUCACUCAACAAAUUAUAAUUGGAAGAAUUAUGCAUCGGAAUUAAAAAAAAAAAUCAACGUAAAUUUAAUAAACUCAUUAAAAAUUUAUCAAACGAAAAGUGCUUGUGUGCAUAAAUUAAAAGCAUUCAUAAAAAAAAUCUGCACAAAAAAUUGAGAGUGAAGAUUCACGGUGCGCGAUAUUAAAAUUGGACGGAAAACAAUUAUCAUCAAUAACGGCUCAAUGAGUUGAAUUAAAAAGAUUUUUCAAUCAAUUAAUAAAUUUUUCAAGUUUGCUCAUUACGACUGAGGAAUAUUUGUGUGAUUUUUUUAAGGCUUCUGUAUCAAAAAUUGAGUGAAAGUAAAUAGUCAAACAAAAGAUCGAAAUAAAUCAAUUACAGUUGAUAAAACAACGAUUCAAUGUCGCGCAUAUAAAGUGAAGCUUUUUUUGCAAAAAGAAACAUUGCUUUUUGGGCAUUUGCCUUUGCGUUGGCAGUAUUUUCAAUUUAUUUGCGAUGAACCAAUUGAGCGGUGUGGAUGCAAAGGACAUCGUCAGUAGAAAGUGAUGAACGAUUUUCGAUUCGAAAAACAACAAACCCACAUAAAAUCAAAAUUAAACAUUAAAAACAUAAUAAAGAUCCCACAAAAAGAAGACAUUUUUCGGAAGUUUUGGUUCCAAUACCAUCUGGUGACUUUGUGUGUUUUGAUUUUUAUGUAAUUACUAAAAAAAAGUUGGAAUUUUUCACAGUAAUAAAUAAAUAUUUAGCCAUCAGUCAAAUUCGAGCAGAUAAAAACGGUUUAUGAAGAAAUUACGACAAACAAAUUCCAAUUUAAAGCAACUUGUGAAUGAAUCGUCAAAAAAGCGGAACAUUGACAAAGUGAAAGGAUUUCAAAUUCCGAAAAAAAGAACAAACGAAUGCACAAACUGAUAUUGAAACUUUUUUUGUUCAUUCCCUUCGUCUCUGUUAAAUGAAAGGCAAAAUUUCAAGUGUUCCGGGCAUAUUUUUGUGAAAACUUUUCACUUUUUUUCCCACUGUCAUUCUUUCAUUCUGUUUAUUAACAAUUUUCAGUUGCUCUCACACUUUAAACAUUUGUCGCAGCAUACGCUUCACACUCUUUGUGCUGGAACUGAAGAGAAAUGAACUAAAUGUGUGUGCAAACAGUGUGAAACAAAAAGAAGUCGGAAAACAACAAUAAAAAAAGAACAGAAAAAAAUGAAAACAAGUGAAGAAAUGUAACUGAAGAAAAAGUUAAGAAACGGGCAUUAGCAUUGCAUAGGCAACAAAAAAAAUUAACGAAACAAACGCCAAGCAGAGAGAGGAAAAAAAAUGAAGAACAUGAAAAUAAAACUUUAAAAGCAUGGCUUUGCGCUAUUUCUAAAGUGGCUCUUUUGCUUACACAACACCAAAGCAGAAAAUAAUAAUAUAAAAAAAGUGCGUGUGUAACGAGAUUCCAUUUGAAUGCAUUGCAAUGAAUUGAAAGUGUUUCGGUUAAAUAUAACAUACGAAUAGAGGUUUUUUCCUUACUCUCGCUAAAGCAUCAAACGACAAACAAGAAGUAGAGAAGAGAGUGAAUACAAAUGCAACAAAAGCUGAAGAAUAAGAAGAGAAAAAAUAAAGUGGAUGAUAUUCUUGCAAGAAACUGGAAAGAAUAAAAAAACCUUCAACAACUAAAUUGCUGCAAAUAGAGAAUCGCAUUUUUCUUAUCGCUGUGUGUUUGUGUACGUCUAGUGUAAAACCGUUGUUGCAUUGGCAAACUGUAUAUCCGUUGGCAGUACGUAACAUUACAAUGAACUACUUAGAAUAGCAAGUUAGUUUUUUUCUUAAAUAUUAUUAUUGUUAUUAUAACACAAAUGUGGCGCACACACACACACUUAACUGUUGUUUGUACAUGUGAUCGAAUAAAACAUUAAACAAAAUUUGAGAUAGCACAAACAAACCAGCAUACAGGAACACAUUUCUUUUAUUUAUUGCGGCGAACAAAUACAAACAAACUUUAAUACAUUUAGUCGGAGGAAAAAAGCGGCGCACAAAAAAAGAGCCACGAAUCAUCAACAAGAAGAUUUGUCGAAACAUAAAACGACACGAUUGACGACAAAAAGACAUAGCUCACGCUACUGUAUUUGCUUUGUGGCUUAUGUUGUUUCUUUUUCUGCUGUCACUUCCAUUGUGCAAAGGAACACCGUCCGAAAGUUUCACGAAUCAAUUUUUCUCUCUGGCGAAUUCGACAACAUUGUUGACACAUGUGUGACUGUGACUUCAAACACCAACGACACAAAGACGAAUAAAAAACUCAAAUAAUAAAGCUUGGAAUUCAGAGAGAGCCAAGGAAAGAAUGAGAGACAAGUAGAAAAAAAACUGUUCUCAGAAUUUUGUUUCCGUCAAAGUAACUUUGGUGGCGUUUUUGUUUAAAGCGCAUUCGACUUUUUAUUCCUGUCCACUUUGAAUGAAAUCGGAACGUAAUUAGUAUUUGCUUUGUGUGUCGCUGUGAAUGAGAAUAGGUUCUUUUACAUCAUCCUCUAUCGUUCAUUUGUUCGAUUAAAUAAACCACAAAUUGUGUGCCAUUUUGAUUCCCGUUCGUUCCGAUUUCAACUGGCCGUCAAUACAUUCAUUUUGCAACAUUGCUCAGAGAACUAUACGACUCGUCAAUGUAAUUAUAGUAUACAUACAUCUAGAAUUUCCGCCUGCGGUUUUUCAAGUGAGUGAAAGGAUAAAAAAACACCGUAGCCACAUCUGUAAAAGUGAAGAACUUGAACAAUCUUUCAGUCUGAGUGUUGUUCGCUUUGUGAAUAUUGUCUAGAGCAGGGCGUGCGACAAGCAUUAACUAUUGCAUUGAAAGAACCGUGUACACUGUAAUUAUGAAGAACAAUUUGCAAUGGCAAUUCGUUAAAACAAAUGGACUUCAAAAAACAAAGUUGUGGCAGCCAAAUGAAUGGCAACAUACAUGCAUACAUUCAUCAUCACAGCACUCGAGAGUUUUUAUGAAUGAAAAUAUGCCCGCAUUUAUGCCAAAUUGAACAGACCGAUUAUUGGAGUUUUAAUUACGUGCGAUGACCCAAACUGUACAUUUUUACGACCGGAAACAAAUAUUUAGCCACGACAAAAUGUUGAUAAAAUACUGUAUGCUGUUGUCAGUUCUGCAAUUAGCUUAUGGAUUGACAAUGUGCCCGGAUGAGUGUGCAUGUAACACUGAUAUAAAAGGCCGCUUGCAAAUCACAUGCAAGGGAUUGAAAACGAUACCAGAAAAGUCAUUGGAUCCAAAUAUACAAGUGUUAAUAAUAAGCAGCUCGAAAAAUCCAUUAACUAUAAGUCCGAUUUUUAUACCGUUCACAAAAUUAGAAGUCUUACAAAUUAACGAUGCAAACAUCCAAUCGAUCGGUGUACAUUCGUUUUGGGGUGUGCAAAGUUUACGCGUAUUAGAUUUAUCAAGAAACAAUAUUAGUACGAUUUUAGCAAAUAAUUUCCGUGGUCAAGAUGGAUUGCUUUCGUUGGAUUUAUCAUUUAAUAAGAUCCAAGAGAUGGCCAGCUGGACAUUUCAACAUCUCAAGGAUUUGAGACGCCUGAGUCUGGCUGAGAAUUUAAUAGUUGAAUUGGUGCCACGCGUAUUUUACAUGCUUGGCAAGCUCAAAUAUUUAAGUUUAAGUGGUAAUCCAUUGAACGAUUUGCCGCCGGAUGUUUUCAAGGAUAUACUGGAACUGAAAGAGCUGCAAUGCCGUAACUGCAACAUUAAGAAAAUCAAUCCACAAGUUUACAACCUAUUGCAGCGGUUAGAAUAUCUGGACUUAGGCGAAAAUCAGCUGAAAUACUUGGAAAGGGGCGAAUUCCGGGACUUAAAUCUCAUCAAAAGUAUUAAGCUGGACGGAAAUCAAUUGUCUGUGAUCAUCGACAAUUUAUUCGAAACGCAAAAAUAUUUGGAAUAUUUGGAUUUAUCACGGAAUAGGUUGGCCAAAGUAACAAAUGGUGCAUUUGUAAACCUAUCAAAUUUAACAUAUCUGGAUGUGUCCUAUAAUAAGCUAGUAAAAUUAGAGUCCGCCAGUGUGGAGCCGCUAAAAAAGUUACACACACUGAAUAUCAGCGGGAACAUUCAAAUGGAUCUAUACGAUAUACGUGAAGCAUUUCAACUAUUGCAUAAUCUCAAGACAUUAUCAAUAGCCGAUAUGGGCGUAAUUCCAUACGAAUUAUUGGUGCCACUAGGACAAUUAAAAGCAUUGAACUUGUCUGGCAAUCAUUUGGUGAAUGUAUCGAUGCAAAUUUUGAGCCCGGUCGACAGUCUCGAACUAUUGGAUAUAUCGCGGAACCAGUUAAAUGGCAUCGAAGAUAGCCAAACAAUAAUGCUGCAAAAAAUCAAAGAAGUGCGUUUGGAAAAUAAUCCACUUAUUUGCGAUCGAUGCCAUAUGGGUUCGCUCAUUCAAAUGGCGAAAAAUCUUCGUUGGAGUUUACAUCCGAUUUGCUUUUUACCCGAGUCAUUGAGGGGCAUUCAAAUAUCUGAUUUAAAUAUCGCAUCGUUAGAAGUGUGCACGGCAGCAGAGUCAUUACACGAUGAAACAUUUGAUGCGGCCAGCACAUCGCACAACUUUCUCACACGCGGUAAUUUAAAUGUGCUUGCAUUUCUCGGUGGCGUGUUUUUUAUAUUAAUUUCCCUCGGUAUAUUUAUUACGGUUGUUUGCUUUGCUGGACGUAAACGACACAAUCGGCAGAAUUCGGUGCGAACCGCUGAUAAAAAACGUGACAUUUCAAUUGAAAUGGAAACAAGUCUCGAUAUGCAGUCGGUAGCCGGCACGGAGAAUAGUUUUAAAUAUCCAAAAGAGCCUCUUGUCGAAAUUGAGGAUCAUGUUUGUACAAUUGAAAAUAUGGUAGUACCACCGCCACCACCACCACCAUCGGCCAUCGUUAAAAUUACCACGAGAUCAUGUCAUUAAAAAGAAUCCAUCCCGCAAUGGAAUAAUACAUAAUUGAUGAAGAACCAAAUAGUAUGUAUCGACAGAGAGGGAAGCCAGUAACAGUAUGACGAAGCAAUAAUCACUGGAAAAGUUCUCUAUUGCUCAAACGAGAGAACGAGAGAAUCCAAUGGGAUCAUAAGAACAAGAGAUAAGAAUAAAGUAACAUUUACACACGGAACAUUUUAUGAACAAAAUAAAAAGCAGAAAAAGAAAACUUAAUAUUUAAGUAGAUGAAAAGAUGUGCAUAUUUAAAAGUUCUACACUCUCAUAAAUAAUGAAAUUUUCAUCAGUAGACAAUAUUUAAUGUUCUCAUAUAAACACCGAUUGUCACUUUAUUCACUACAAGAAAGUUUUAUUAUUAUAAAUGUACACGAAUUAAUAAGAUGCAAAAUGUACUCUCUCUCCCUUUUUUGGAGUUUCGCACAACAACCAAAUAUGUUUCAUCAUCGGAAAUUUCGAUACGGAACGCAACGCAUUUGGGCAUCGAAAUGGAAUGUCUGAAUACUGAAACUGUCGUUCACGGAAAAUGGGGUCGUCAACGGUGAGAAAAUGUAAUAAAACCGCGACAUUGAACAUAAAAACGUUUGUAAUGAAAAUAAUUUCAUGGUUUUUAUUCAUUUUGUCUGAGACGAGUGUGAACGAAGUGAAACGAAAUCAAAAAUCAAAGAUGAAUGUAUUGUAUACAUUUUUAUUGCUUGCAAUUAUUUAGCAGAAAAAUAAAUCACGAUAAUAUAAUUCACCAUUCACUGUGUAAGAAAUAAAUGAGUAAGAUUGUAAAUAAUAAUUGAUAAGGACUCAGCAUUGUGUAAAAAAAAUGUUUAGAUUUAAGUAAAAUAUUUAACAAAUUCUACAGAAAAUCACACCAAGAUUUAAAUAAAUCGAAACAAUUACCAUUUAU